AUGACCACCUCAACCCCCGCAAAAACAUUCACAGGCUGGGUUGCCCACGACGCCACAAACCCGCUCACCUACACAACCUUCACCCCCAAACCCUUCACCCCCACCGACAUCGAAAUCCGCAUCACCCACUGCGGCAUCUGCGGCACAGACGUACACACCCUCCGCUCCGGCUGGGGCCCAACCAACUACCCCUGCGUCGUCGGCCACGAAAUCAUCGGCAUAGUCGAGCGCGUCGGCACCGCAGUACCCACCCUCCCCACCUCCCCAGCCUCAGCCUCCAUCCGAAUCGGUGACCGCGUCGGCAUCGGCGCGCAGAGCGGCGCAUGUCUCCGGCCAGACUGCGAGGCCUGCGCAGACGGGCAGGAGAGUUACUGCACCCGCAUGACGGGCACGUAUAACGGGCGGUACCCGGAUAAAAGCAAGUCAUACGGGGGAUUUGCAGCGCGGUGGCGCGGCCCCGCGCAUUUCGUGUUCAAGAUCCCCGAUGCACUACCGAGUGCCGAGGCAGCGCCGUUGCUGUGCGGUGGUGUGACUGUUUUCGCGCCAUUGCGCAAGUACGGCGCCGGCCCUGGGAAGACCGUCGGUGUCAUCGGUGUUGGUGGAUUAGGCCAUUUGGGCAUCCUGUUUGCGAAAGCGCUUGGGGCGGAGAAGGUCGUUGCGAUUUCGCGGUCCUCUAGUAAGAAGGCGGAUGCGCUGGAGGGUCUCGGUGCUGAUGCGUUUAUCGCGACGGGGGAGGAUAAGGCGUGGGCGAAGACGAAUUCGCGAAGCAUGGAUAUCUUGCUCUCGACUGUGUCUGGGCCUGGGAUGCCGUUUGGUCAGUAUUUGCGGUUGUUGAAGCGGGAUGGGGUGUUUGUGCAGCUUGGGGCGCCGGAGGAUGCGUUGCCGCCUUUGAUGGCGUUUUCAUUGAUUCAGAAGAGUGUUAAGGUGACGGGGUCGAAUAUUGGGUCGCCGGAGGAUAUUCGGCAGAUGUUGGCGUUGGCGGCGGAGAAGCGGAUUUUACCGUGGAUUCAGAAGAGGCCGAUGGAGGAUGUGAAUGCGGCGUUGAAGGAUAUGCAUGAUGGGAAGGCGAGGUAUCGGUAUGUUUUGGAGAACGGGGAGGUGCAGGCGAAGUUGUAA